CGUCAAACUUCCACCUGAAGCAAGGAACAUAACGACUUUGACCCAUUAGCAGGGUUUAGGUAGGGUUUAAGCCGUCGCCCCCUAAAGCAAAAAUUCUGAAAAAUCUAAAGAAACUACACAAAUUCAUCAUCCGUUAAUCUCCGUUCUAAACCAUCAAGAAUCCAAUGAUCCUGCUGAAAAUUUGAACAAAUUUCGAUUGGUUGAAAGUUUUUUCUGCUUAAUCAAUGGAAGCUCGAGUUGGGGGGGACGGCGCCGCCGCCACAAGGAACAUAGUCCAGCACCAGUCGCGGGCUGCGGGGGCGUCCCCUCAGCAGCCUCUAUCGCCCCAGAUUGGCACCGUGCCGCAACUCUUCGCCGGCGGGGUUGCCGGAGCUUUCAGCAAGACCUGCACGGCCCCACUAGCUCGGCUCACCAUUCUGUUUCAGGUUCAGGGCAUGCACUCAGAUGUUGCAGUCAUGAGCAAGCCCUGUAUCUGGCGCGAGGCAUUGCGUGUGGUCAACGAAGAAGGUUUUCGAGCCUUUUGGAAAGGAAAUUUGGUCACAGUGACUCACCGGCUUCCAUAUUCCUCAGUCAAUUUUUAUGCCUAUGAACAGUAUAAGAGGAUUCUAAAAUCGAUCCCCGGCCUUGAUGGGCAAGAAAAAAAUGCAGGUUCGGAUGUUUUUGUGCACUUUGUGGGCGGUGGAUUGGCCGGAAUAACUGCUGCCUCUGCUACUUACCCGUUGGACCUUAUCAGGACACGUCUUGCAGCACAGAGAAAUGCGAUAUACUAUAAGGGCAUAAGUCAUGCUCUUCGUACCAUAUGCAGAGAUGAAGGUUUUCUUGGCUUAUAUAAAGGAAUGGGGGCUACAUUACUGGGUGUUGGUCCCAGCAUUGCUAUAAGCUUUUCAGUAUACGAGAGUUUGAGAUACAAUUGGCAUUCUCGAAGGCCCCACGACUCUACUGUCUUGGUCAGCCUCGGAUGUGGCAGUCUUUCGGGCAUUGCAUCAUCAACAGUAACUUUCCCAUUGGACCUCGUGAGGCGAAGAAUGCAAUUAGAGGGUGUGGCUGGCCAAGCCCGAGUGUACAAUGUGGGCUUGCUCGGGACUUUUGGGCAGAUUAUUCGAGCAGAAGGCUUUCGUGGACUGUAUAGAGGGAUUAUGCCGGAAUAUUGUAAGGUUGUUCCAACUGUCGGGAUUGUUUUCGUGACCUACGAAACACUAAAGAAGCUACUCUCGAACGGGGCUUUGAGUUAGCUUUGCUCGUAUUAUCCUCGAGCAAGUAUUUAUGGAUUGUGAGUAAGAAAAAUGCCAAUUGUUAGAGGUUUUAUGUAUAUGGUGGCCAGAAAUAGGUUUUCUGGGGUGGAAAAAAGAAUUAGGAACAAAUUUUCAUUGUAUUUUCAGGAUUUAGGGAUGUCCUUAUUGAUAGAUCUAACAUCAUGAAGUUUUGUUCCUUCCUAAACUUUUUUUUUUUUAAUGUAACUCAUUGCUUUNAUUCAU